AUGUCUGAUUUCUAUAAAUCACCAGUCACUUUCUGGACCUACUGCUCCACAGCUAUGAGACGCCUCAGGUCUGACACUUGUGGCGAAGCUCGUGGAGUCUUUCUGAUUAUAUGUACAUUGAUAAUCACAUCUACUUAUCAGACCGCCCUCCAGCCUCCUGGUGGUGUAAACCAAUCAGAGGGUAAUUCAAAUGCAGGUGUUGUAGUGAUGAAACAAGCUUUUUUCAUUGCUCUUUUUGUUUCCAACACUAUAGGCUUCUGUUGCGCUAUAUUUUACAUGUUUUGUCUCUUACCACUACGAAAUUUGUUUACGUCAUGGUUCCGUUGGAUAGGUGUGUCUAUGUGCGUUUCUUAUGCGCUAGCAAUGGCUGUAAUUUCACCACACCCUCUACUGUUUCUCACUUCAGCAUUUGCCUUGUUCAUGGUAUUGCCUUUCUUUCUUAUGUUGGAAGUUUUCAAACGCCUACGGUUGAGCCAUUUGAAGGCAGCUGCGUCUCAUCCCAGGCUCAGCUGGUUUUGGAAGGAUUGA